AUGGGAAGAAAUGGUCAACCAUCUCCGAAUCUUUCAUGGUCAACCAGGCUGAGAAUUGCCAAAGGAACAGCUAGGGGUUUGGCCUAUCUCCAUGAAUGCAGUCCAAGAAAAUUUGUUCAUGGUGACAUCAAACCCUCCAACAUUCUUCUUGACACAGACUUCCAACCCCAAAUUUCUGAUUUUGGUCUUAACCGACUGGUCAGCAUCAUCGCGAACAACCCCUCCUCUGGUGGCUUUACGGGUGGAGCUCUUCCUUACUUGAAGUCAUCACAAACAGAGAGAACUAACAACUAUAAAGCCCCAGAGGCUCGAGUUUCAGGUUGCAGACCCAAGGGGUACAUUCGUCUUUGCCUUUAUAAGUGGUGUGGGAAAAUGUCGAUGGUUAGUGUGAAUACCACCUCCGCGAAGGACAACUUCGGCCUGCUUUUUGAGGAGAAAAAGCUAUGCAAAUACGUUUGA